AUGGAUUCCCUGAUACCGACAUCAGACCUUUUCCAUCUGCUUAAAUCAAACCUUCCCCAUCUACUUCAAUCAAAAAUGUUCUUCCUGCCCCCCUUCACAGCUGACCUUCCAAAGCUACCUUUGGAAAACAUGGAGGCACACGCAGUCAAUCGCCUGACCUGGAUUGCAGGAUAUGACAUCGAAAAACACGAAUGGGUCACAUUCCAGGGUCUGAAUUGCGAUGAAUCUUCUUACGAUAAACGUGCGUGGAGAAAGCUGGUCAAGGACCAACAGACCAUGGAACGCAUGCAAUCCAUAUUAGAUACGAUUGGAUGUUCACCUGAUAUUCCACAGUCAGAGACAGUUCUGGAAGGCAUGAAUAUCCUCCUGAGAGGGGCCUUAGGGACGGGCAAAAAGACAGUUGCUCAUGCAGUCUGCAAUAUGCUUAAGCGCCCGAUGCUUGACAUUCGGGCGAAUGACAUCCCAUACCUUGCUGAUCUUGCGAUCAAGUGGAAUGCCUUGGUAGUCAUAGACCGCGGGGAUAAUAUCAUGAGGUCUGAAUGUGCAAAUAAUCGAGAACGCAUCAACUUGAUGAUUCGAGCAUUUGAGUCGCCCGGAUGUAUCUGUCUGUGGCCCUCGGUGUUGACGGACGAGCAGCAGGCACUGCUCAGGCCGUUCUCUGCUGCCAUCGAAUUCCCCGAUCUCGAUAUAGCAGCCCGUCGCAAACGUUGGCUACAACUCUUUGGCCGAGACGACCUGGUGGCAACUAUCUUUAGCACCAAACGUGCAUCUGCCCCUACUGUGAGGGACACGGAGGCUGUGUGCCUUCCUUCGGGAAAUUGA